AUGGGAAGUCAAGAAAGAGCGGUACAAAACAAUUCUAUAACAACAAAUGAUAGACAAGAGGAAGAUGACAACAAUGAUUAUUCAAACGAAAACUCGCAUUCUGGGUUCUACGGUGCCGUGUUUAAUCUAGUCACAACGGUUAUCGGGGCUGGAAUCAUGGCAUUACCCGCCACAAUGAAAGUCCUAGGAUUAAUUGUCGGAGUUAUUUUGAUAUUAUUAAUGGGCAUUAUAACCGAAGUUAGCGUCGAAAUGCUGAUUAGAUACUCUGUUCAUUGUAAUGCCAAAUCGUACGGAGAGGUUGUGCAACAUGCUUUAGGUACACCCGGGAGGAUCAUUAGUGAACUUUUUAUAAUUAUGAACAACGCCGGUGUGUUGGUCGUUUACAUGAUUAUUAUAGGUGAUGUUAUGUCGGGAUCUGAUCGUCAUGUUGGUGUUUUAGAUCAAUGGUUUGGUAAAGGUUUUUGGGAUGAAAGACGACUAGUUAUGUUAAUCGUAUUAGUCGUUUGUCUUGCACCGCUUUGUGCGUUGGACCGAAUUGAAUCGUUGAGUAUGACUUCGGGCGUUUCUGUAGCUCUUGCUGUUCUUUUCGUGAUGGUUACUAUUACCGUUGCGUUUAUUAUGAUACUUGAAAAUAAAAUCGGUCGUCCUAGACUGUUUCCCGAUAUUAGUUCAGAAAAAGCUAUUAUAGAUCUUCUAGUUGUGAUCCCGAUCAUGUCGAAUGCAUAUGUUUGUCACUUUAAUAUUCAACCGAUUUAUAACGAGUUAGAAGGUCGUUCCCCUAAGAAAAUGAACAAAGUUGGACGAGUCACGACUAUUAUAUGCGUGUUCAUCUAUUGGGCUACCGCGGUAUCUGGCUAUCUUUUAUUCGGUGACAAGACUGAAUCCGAUGUGCUUACAAAUUUCGAUAAGCCUCUUGGGAUACGUUUUAGUACCGGAUUGAACUACAUUGUUCGUGUGGGUUAUAUUCUACAUUUGGUUCUCGUGUUUCCCGUGAUUCAUUUCUCGUUAAGGCAAACCAUCGAUGCAUUGGCUUUUAGUGGUCGGGAACCACUAACCGAGGACAAGAAGAGGUGUUUAUUGUUAACGUGCGCGAUUUUGAUAAUUGUAUUCAUGGUCGCGACCCUAAUCCCUAGCAUAUGGACCGCUUUUAAGUUUACGGGUGCAGUUACAGCGAUUUCACUGGCGUUCACUUUCCCGGCUCUUAUCGCGCUACGUUUCAACCACACUGGAUCGCUAACUCUUACCAGUCGAGAGAAGAUAUUUGCGUGGAUUAUGCUGGUUUUAGCCGUCAUUAUUAGCAUUGUUGGAGUGUUUGCCAACAUCUAUGGUUUGCAAAGCGGAUCGAGAGAAUAA